AUGACAAAAAUCAAUAGCACUUCUUCCAAAUUUCAAUCAGUUAAUAGAAAUCUUUCUGUUGAUAGAGAAAGAAUUUCUAAUGCCUGUGUAAUUGGGUUAUUUGUUGUUCUUGGUAAUUCAGUUACAGUAAAACUUCCUUCCAAGAAAUCAAAAAAUACACUGGCACAUCUUUCUAUUGCCAGUACAUGUCUUAAUGGCAAAGAAAUAAAUGAAAUUGUUCAAGAACAAUAUAGUUUUCCAAAUAUUUUAGAUAAAAAUAAAAGAAGAGAUAAAGAAGUAGCUAUCUUUAAUGCUGUUUCUAAAAAUGUUAUUGGACUUCAUUUUAAACUUGCUAAACAAACAACUUCAACUAAAACUCUUAAAUUAAAAAUUUAUAAAGAAUUAGGUCCAUUUAAUAAAAAUGGAGUUAUUUUGUUUGGAACAAAAGUUACUGCAAAUUUAAUGAAUCGAAAUCCUUAUGGUAGGUGUUCUCAAAGAGCUUUUAUAGAAUUAAAAGGAUAUGAUGAAGAGAUUGUAAAUAUAUUUCAUUCUGUGUGUAAUAUGAAAGAAAAUGUUAUUGAAAAUUAUUUAGUAAAAUGUCCAGAAUUAUUUCAAACUUAUUUAAAACCAGAAAUAGAUUUUUAUCAAAAAGAUAAUGAAAUUAUUAGAAAUACUCCAAAUUCUGAAGAAUUUUGUUUUCGUGGUGUUUUUAAAUUUUGUAGUGAACAUUUAUAUUCAACUGAAACCGCUUCAUGGUUUACUUCAGAAUGA